AUGCCCGACGCGACACCAUCCCGGUUGAUACCGCAUAUUCACCUGCUGUGCAUGGAAAAGCGCUUCGUCAGUGCCUUCACGUCGGCGAUUGCCCACCACGGCCUCGAGUCCUCCACAGCCCUCACCUUUGAGCUUCACAACGCCGCGUUGCAGUUCGUUCCCGAGUCAACGCGCUUCGACCUCGUCGUCUCACCCGCCAACUCAUAUGGGCGCCUUGACGGUGGCUUCGACGACGCCAUCUCGCGCGCAUUCUCCCCGCGCGACGACUACCUCGCUCUCACGCGCGUCGCCCAGCGCACCCUCUACGACACGUGGCGCGGGUUCGCACCUCCAGGAACGUGCACCCUCGUGCGCAUACCGGAAGACUUUGAUCCGCCUCGCUCGCGCAACGUCUGGGGGGCGCGGUACCUGGCGCUCUGCCCGACGAUGCGCACACCGCAGGAGGUGACGUGGGAUCGCGAGGUCGUCUACGAGAGCGUGUGGAGCCUGCUCGUCGCCGUGGACCGGCACAAUGAAGGCGUCCGAGCCCGCUCCAGCAGUCAUCAGGAUGUCGAGAUCGAGAGUAUCCUGAUGACGCCACUGGCGACGGGCAUCGGGAGAGUGAGCGAGGAGCGGUGGGCGCACCAAUGCGUCCUGGCCAUGAAUCACUUCCUCGAGGCCAAGCAGCGACCCGACAAAUGGAGCAGCCUGGCCCCCGUGGACAUCUUUGAGCAUACCAACGAAGUGGUCGACACAUGGACCAUGUGA